CCGGGGAUGCUGAGAGCCGGGGAGCCCCUCAACAGAAAAAGGAAGAACGACAGCAACUUGCCAGGAGAGGGAAAGCAGCCAGGGAAUGGGUCGUUGUUCUGUUUCUAAUCAGGAGUAAACGAGGAGCCAUUCACAAAAUGUUGCUUGGGGAGCUUCUGGCAAAAGUCACUUCCUCUGUGGUAAAAAAAAAAACAGAGAGCAAGAUAAAUAAAAACAAGGAAGAGGGAGCUGGAGCUUCAACGGAGCUGCAGUUACCAAACCCUUCCCGAGUCCCCCACGCACACACACUGCAGCUGGACGGGGCACGGAGAGCAGCCAGUGGGACAGGAGCAGCAUUUUCUUCUCCAUGCAGCUGACCCUGGAGGAUCCACGUCGGGAUGUGGAUUCAAAAGGAGCGUGAGACACGCAGAGAGCGACGCUGAUCUGCCCGAGCCCGGCUGGAAGGACAGCCCCUGCCUGCUGCUUCACCAAAGAGAACAGUUAAGACCCGGGAAGUCAUCCCAGCACCUGCCCGGGGGCCAUCCAUGGAGGUGAACCCCAUCUCCCCACCUGCCCCACCACUCCCAAUGCCCACAGCCGCCGGAGACGGCCCGUGCAGGGUGGAGGUCGCCGAGGUGGCCACGGACGCCGUCACGCUGCUCGUCUGCCUCUGCGGGCUGCUGGGCAACGGGGCCGUCCUCUGGCUGCUCGGCCUCCGCAUCCGCAGGAACCCCAUCACCGUCUACAUCCUCAACCUGGCCGUGGCUGACUUCACCUUCCUCCUCUUCAUGGUCCCCUCAGCCCUCCUCUACAUGGUGGAAAGCAUCUCCUGCUCCCUGCUUGUGCCCCUGAAGUACCUGAGGUCGCUUUUCCUUCUCUCCCUCUUCUCCUACAACAUGGGCCUGUAUCUGCUGACAGCCAUCAGCAUCGAGAGGUGCGUGUCCGUCCUGUGCUCCAGCAGACGCCGUCCCCAGCGCUUGUCAGCCGCGCUGUGUGUCCUGCUCUGGGCCCUCUCCAUCGCUGUCAUUGCUGCAGUCACUUCCCUGUGCCUGUGGCACGAGCACGAGCACUGCCAGGUCGCUCUCAUCUCCAUGUACGUCCUCAACUUCCUCAUUUUUGCCCCGGCCAUGGUCAUCUCCAGCACAAUCCUCUUCAUUAAGGUCCAGUGUGGCCCCCAGCAGCUCCAGCCCAAAAGGCUCUACAUCAUUAUCUUCCUCACCGUCCUCUUCUUCCUCCUCUUCGCCCUUCCCCUCAGCAUCUGGAAUUUCCUGCAGCAGUUCAGCUACACCCUUGUGCCCUCCCAGGUUGUUUUCCUGCUCGCCUGCAUCAACAGCAGCAUCAACCCUUUCAUCUACUUCUUGGUGGGGAGCUGCCGGAGGCGCUGCUCCCCGGUGUCCCUGCAGGAUGCUUUCCGGAGGGUCUUUGAGGAGCCUGAAGACCACACUGCAUGCAGCAAUGAUGCUACAAUGGACAUACUGGCCCCAGCCUCUUGAAGCCUUUCCACUGCUCUGCUUAAGGCCCCUAGGACAGUGGCUGAGGGUUUCUUUGAGUAACCACGGCAAUAUUUGCCCUGAUGUCACCCUUUCCAUUCUGUCUGCUGCAGACGACAUCGGGGGCAUGGCCAAGGUCGAUGUGGGGAGGGAUGCUCUGCUGGGAGCUCCUGGGAGCACGGGCUUUCCUCCCCCUGGCCCUGGGACGCUGCUCCCCUGAGGGCAACGUGCCUCAGGGACCACAUUCCCGCCUCCCACGCUGUCGGCUUUGCGGGCUCAGCAUCUCCUCUGAGAAACCGACUCGUACAGAGCGAAGGGAAAACCCUCUCGAUGCCCUAAAGCCCCUCUCCACGCCCCACAUCUCACCCUGAACGGCCUCUCGGAGCUCUGCUCUCCUCCCGCAGCGCCAGACGGGGUCGACACCGCCCCGUUCCUGUACCUCUCCCCUGCCUGAUCCCAAUAAACAGCGUCGCGCAUCC